AUGGAGAGUAACAAGGACGAAGCUAGAAGAGCGAUUGAUAUCGCCGAGAAGAAAAUCUCAGCGAAUGAUUACGAUGGGGCUAAGAAACUCGUAAACAAGGCGCAGCGUCUGUAUCCGCAACUUGAAGGUUUGAAACAAGUGUUGAUGACGAUCGAUGUUUAUAUCUCUGCGUCAAACAAAACCAACGGAGAAUCUGAUUGGUAUGGAGUUCUCGGUGUAGAUCCUUUGGCUGACGAUGAAGCUGUGAAGAAACGUUACAAGAAGUUAGCUCUUUUGCUUCAUCCGGACAAGAACAGGUUUCAUGGUGCUGAAGGCGCGUUUAAACUGGUUUCACAAGCUUGUAAUUUGUUAUCUGAUAAGAAACACUUUGAUGCUGUUAUUGCUGCUCAUCUUGCUUCUGCUGCUGCUGCUGGCGAGAGAGCUUCUAAGCUUUCGGAGAACAUAAAAUCCACAGAGAGGCUUUUCAAGAGGCAUGCAAACUUUGAAGCAGAGAGGUUAUUCAAAGGAGGAAACGCAAACUCUACUUUUGAGGCAGAGAGGCGAUUCAAAGGAGGAAACGCAAACUCUACUUUUGAGGCAGAGAGGCUAUUCAAACGAGGAAACGCAAACUCUACUUUUGUGUUUUAG